AUGCCCGGUUCUAGCUCCGAACUUCGGCCGCACGGUCAGUAUGGCGCCUACUACAUUGACGACUUGGUGACGAGAAGCAUUCAACAUGGCCUCUCUCUUGAUGCAGAGGACGCAGUCGAUGCCAAAGACAAAUUGAAAUACGCCUUGAUCGAAGGGCUUCACGAGCUCUACGACAGCCAAAGCCAAGAGCACCUUGACCACAUGCUCGAGGUGGCGAGGGUCGUUGAUCAGUAUUUCCUGCAAGGUUGGCUCACCCACACCCACAGACGCCCGUCCGGCCAGGAGAUAGCCUACCUCCGAAUCGAUAUCCGAGACGGCAAUGAGAAUUGCGAAGACUCAUGCAGCAGCUUCCGAGUCGGGGUGCAGAGCGACGGCGUCGGGUCGCUUCCCGUCGUCGAUGUCGACAUCGAGGCUGCAGGGGCGUGGACCAUUGGGCGGAUUGUUGAGAUGAUGAUCCACGAGAUGGUGCACGGGUAUCUUCUGCUGUUCUCGUGUCGAGGCGGCUCCUGCCAGGAGUUCGGGGUUUGCUCCCAAUACUCUCAUGACAAAAGAGGACGGCAUGGAUGCCAUUCCCGCACGUUGUUGAAGCACAUAUACGAGAGCAUACAGGAGUGGGAUGACGCCCUGGGCGGCUUCGGGGAGGACUUUAUUGACGGAUGCGACCAAGAAAGACAGGAUGAUGUGUUGGUUGAUGUGAGGAACCUGUACUCGUAA